AAAGAGGUUGGCUCAAGGUAAGGGGCAGUGGUCUACUCUGCUGGCAACAUGCUGCGCUUCCUGGUGUUCGCCACCCUGGUCGUUUAUGGACACAGCAUUCCGAACUUUCCAAAAACGAAUGCUUGGGUCGUUGGAGGGACUGAGGCCCGGAAGCAUUCCUGGCCCUCUCAGGUUUCCCUCCAGUACCAGUCUGGAAGUUCCUGGUUUCACACUUGUGGAGGGACCCUCAUCAGAGAGAACUGGGUGAUGACAGCUGCACACUGCGUGGACCACCCAAUGAUCCUCCGUGUGGUGGUGGGAGACCACAACCUCAGACAGGACGAAGGCACUGAGCAGUACCUGGGAGUGCAGAAGAUCGUGAUACACCCAUACUGGAACAGCGAUAACGUGACUGCCGGCUUUGACAUGGCCCUGUUGCGCCUAGACAGGAGUGUUACUCUGAAUAGCUACGUCCAGCUGGCUACUCUGCCCCCGAAAGGAAUCAUUCUGUUUAGCAACAAUCUCUGCACCAUCACUGGCUGGGGCAGGUCCAACGCCAAUGGCCAGCUGGUCCAUACCCUGCAGCAAGCGUCCAUGCGCACCGUGAACACCACCACCUGCUCUAGCCCUUCCUACUGGGGCUUCCAUGUGAACAGCAUCAUGAUGUGUGCUGGUGGAAGUGGCGUAAACGCUGGAUGCCAGGGUGAUUCUGGAGGUCCCCUCCACUGCUUGGUGAAGGGCAAGUAUUCUGUCCACGGAGUGACCAGCUUUGUGUCCAGCCUGGGCUGUAAUGUCCCCAUGAAGCCCACAGUUUUCACCCGGGUCUCUGCUUACAUCCUUUGGAUAAAUAAGGUCAUUUCCUCCAACUGAAUAUUUUCCUGAGUCCAGUGGUCUUCCAAAGAUGGUUCUUAGAUCUGCAGGAGGACUUGAGGUCAAUAAGGAAAAAACAGGGUUGGGGGUAUAGCUCAGUGUAGAGUGCUUACCUAGCAUGAUCAAAGCCCUGGGUUCCAUCUCCAGCACCACGCGCAAAAAAGGCAGGUGCUAGGGAUAUAAUCAAUUGGAGAGCACUUUAGCAUGUAAG